AUGGCAGAGGCUAGAACUCGAUUACAUAACGCAGUACUUGCAGGGAAUCUUGAAAACGUGAAACCGUAUAUAGGUGGUGCGAAUGCUCAGGACAGAGAGGGAAGAACAGCGUUAAUGCUAGUUUCUAAAAGUGCAUCCAAUGGUGCAGCUGUAGUUAAUUAUCUUCUACAGUUUGAUGCUGAUAAAUACAUUGUUGAUAAGCACGGAGACAAUGCUUUACAUUAUGCUGUGAAGGAACGCCAUAAAGAAAUAGUAAAUAGUUUACUAGCGAGAGGCAUGGAUGUAAACAGCAGAGAUGGGGAUGGUAAUACUCCGCUGAUAGCUGCUGCUCAAAAGGGAUAUACAGAUAUAGUCAAGAUUUUGACAGAUCACCGAGCUGAUAUACACAUGCGGACAAGAAAAAACAGGAAUGCUUUGUAUUUUGCUUUGUGGAAUAAACAUGAUGACAUGGCCAAAUAUCUGUUAGGUGUAUACUGCGGGGAUGAUGAGACGUGGCCCGAACUGGAACUUGCCUGUCACGAGAAUAACACUAGGGUGAUUCGUUUGUUGCUACAACAUGAACUAAAUCUUAAAGGUCCUGAUCUUAAAAUGUGUUUCAUGAAUGCUCGCAGUUUGAAUAAACAAGAAGAAUCCUUUAAAGAGUAUAUAACCUAUUACGAUUUUGAUGUUUUUGUACAAAUGGGUAAAAAGUUUAAGAAAACUAUGGAAGCAGGACUGCUGGUAUCAUCUGAGAAAGGAUAUACUGAACAAGUUCGCUUGUUACUAGACUGUGGAGUAGAUAUAGACACAGCUGAUAUGUCAGAAGAAACCGCUCUACAUCGAGCCACAAUUAAUGAUAAUGAAUGUGAUGUGGAUGCAUCUACAUCAGAUGGAGAAACGGCACUAAUGAUGGGUUGUCGUAAAGGUCGUAUUGAGAUAGUACAGCUGUUGAUAACACGCAAUGCAGAUGUUAACAAGAACAAUGCUUUGGGACAAACUGCUUUACACGUUGCUGUACUUGGCGAUGAGAAAACAAUUGCAGCUUAUCUUCUAAAUAAUGGAUCUGGUGUGAAUGCAC